GAAAAAAUCAUCAUCAUCAUCACCAACAAAGAUUCAGAUCAGAUAUGGCUGAAGCCUUCACUAUCUUUUAUGAAAGUUGGCUAGCCAAACUAAAAGAACUUCUUCAACAACUUUUAACAUCUUCCUCAGAUAGCUCAAAUGCAGAAUAUCAUCACAGUGAUCUGGUCAACCAAGUUUUAUGUCACUACAAAGAAUUUCACGACGAGAAAUCCAAGGCCAUUAAUGAGAAUCCGUUCCUGAUGAUAUCUCCACCAUGGUUGAGUCCAUACGAAAAAAUCUUGCUCUGGUUCAGCGGGUUCAAACCAUCAAUGAGUUUGAACUUAGCCAAGCGGGCAUUGAGGGAAACCCUAUCAAGUUCCCAAUUGGAGAUUAUUGAGGGGAUGUGGGCUGAUACAAAGAGAGAAGAGAAAGAGAUUGAAAAGGUGAUGGCGAGUGUUCAAGAAAGCAUGGCGGCCAUGCCAACAUACGGGUUGAUAACCCGAUUCGGCGGGUUGGUGGGUGGUGAAGUUUCCCAGCUGGAGGAAGCCAUGAGGAUGUUUAAAGAGCGAGUGAUUUCGGUUCUGGAGAUGGCUGAUGUUCUUAGAGGGACAACUGUUUCGAAACUGCUGGAGAUUCUGAGCCCUCUUCAAGUCGUGCGGUUUCUGGCAGCCGCUGCUCAGUUUACCGUAGGGACUAGAAGAUGGGGCCUUGAAAGAGACAAUGAUCCAGCUUUGAGCAACGGAGAUGUAGGAGCGUCGGCUUCUCACGCAUAACAAUGAUUUUGUGUCCUUCAUAACAGAAGUCGUGUUAUGAUUUAUG